UCACGUCACCAAACAAUUUGUUAUCACGCUCGCAGAGAUAAGUCGCCGUCUUCCCACUUGCAGUCAUCCUCGGGCCGCAAGUUGUGCAACUAUAUAUAAAACAAAUUCCUUUGUUUCUUCCUCCUUUGACGCAGGAGUGUGUCUUUCUAUGCUGGAAAUGCGUGGGUGAGUGAGCGAUUUGGCGGCGCCAUGGGCCAGAAGCAGUCGAAUAAGCGGAUCAGCGUCCUGGACGUCAGCGACCCUCAGCAAGUCCAGCACACCGCCCAACUCAAGUUGGACCCUAAUCAAGGAAUCGUCCUCCAAGUGCCUGAACUGGAUGCCUAUUUAAGGAAGGAAGGUAUCCCAUUCAGCGACAGAUCAACGUGGGACGUUCUCCGCUUUGUGUAUUACGCUGGCGGCCUGCGCCUGGUGAGGGACACCCUUGCGCUGAUCCGAGCGCGCCGGACCCCCGAGCCUGCCCCUGAUUAUGACCUGACUACCUCAGAAGCCACCUCCAGCUCAACAACAACCGACAGCACGCCUUCCUCAAGAAGAAGGCAUAACUGGAGCAGUCAAGAGGAGCAGGAGCAGCAGGUUGUUGAACGGGUCUCGCUGAGACAGCAGGCGAUCAGGAGCAGCGUCAUCAGGAGAGCAAAAGAAACACCUUCAUCACCGGAACAACAAAGACAUGUGAACCACAAUGACGCUAUGUCAGAGGGUGGUGACGACUGGCGUAGUGCGCGCUCCUCUGUGCAAGAAAUUACUAUUCAAUGGGUGUCCCCAGACGACCAGCCCACAGAAUUCGUUCGACCGGCUUCGAAAGUCUGGAAACGGCCUAUGUCCCCCGAGGUGCACGCUGACCUUGUCAGAGCAUUGAAGGCGCGAGAAAGCCACGAAUUACGUGAAUUUGAAGAAGUUGAGACAAGAAGAACUCACACAAUUUUAAUCACUGACCCUGACAUGAAUGGUUAAUAAUAAUAACAAGCAUUUCAAGUUUAGAUGGCAUUUUAAAAGAAUAUAAACAAUUAAAUUUUCUUUCUUCACGUGUUUUUACAAAAGAUAAAAAUUAAUAUCCAUUUUAUACACCGUUCAUUGCAACUAAAAUCUUUAACAAAAAAAAUCAAUGUUUAUGUGAUGAAAGUCUAUAAAGAUUUUUUUAUAGAAUUUAGAGUUGAUUAAAUUUUGACGCAUAAUUUAAUUGUAAGUUGUUUAUUUAACUCAUGAUGUAUGGCACUACUUCUGCAAGCAAUACUUUGACUCCAACAAACAUUCUUUCAAUUAUUCAACUUUUACCCAUUCCCAUUCCUCUUAUUCAAAUCUGCCACUUUAGAAAAUAAGGAAAAUACAUCGCACAAAAACGUCGAUAAAACGCAGAAACUGUUUAUAUUUUCUUGUAUGCUUUGAGCAAAAUCAUAAUGUAGAAAAAAACAAUAUUUUCAGCGCUAGGUCUAGAAGGCAAUAUAAUUUAAAAUGGUUAAAUUUUAUUUUUAGAAUCACAAAGAAAUUUGCUUGGUUGAGAAUAAUAUUUUUUAAGAAAUAAAAAACGAAAAA